UUGGCAUUUAAACCUUAAACAAGAAAAUUCAAGAGUAGAAAAGGAAUUCUGUAUCUCCAUUAUUUAAGUCUAUGUUUCUAAUAUGAUGCAUAUUGUACUUAGUCUUUUUUAAGCAUGGUAUUAAACAAGAAGCUUUCACAUAUGUAAAAUUGUCAUUCUUGUAUUUUCGCAAAGAUUAGUUUCUUAUUUUUGUUGCUUUUACCUUAAUUAGGAGAAAUUAAAUAAUUAUUGGUGAUAAUGGGGAGAGGAAAGAUAGAAGUGAAGAGAAUUGAGAACAAAACAAGUAGGCAAGUUACUUUCUCAAAGAGAAGAGCUGGGCUUCUCAAGAAAACACAUGAACUCUCAGUUCUUUGUGAUGCUCAAAUUGGACUUAUCAUUUUCUCCAGCAAAGGCAAAAUGUUUCAGUACAACAGUGAACCCCACAGCAUGGGUGAGAUCAUUAGUAAGUAUCUCCACACCACCGGAGCCUCACUUCCAGUUCAUGAUCGUAGGGUGGAACUGUAUGAUGAAAUAACUAAAAUGAAAAGGGAGACACUGAACCUUCAAUUAAGCCUUCAAAGAUACAAAGGUGAUGACUUGAACUCAGCACAGUAUGAGGAACUAAAUGAACUUGAGAAGCAGCUUGAAAAUGCUCUUAACAAGAUUAGAGCUAGAAAGCUAGAUCUCAUGCAGCAACAGAUGGAAAACCUGAAGAGAACGGAGACAAUGCUGGAGAAGGAAAAUCAAGAUAUGUACCAGUGGUUGAUGGCCAAUCAAAUGUACAAGCAACAGUCAGCAGUGAUGGAGCAGCAGAAUGAUCAACAAGAAGAAGAAGAAGCAAUUACUGAACUAAAUCUACUAGGAGAACAGCCACUGUUAGCUCAGUUUUCAUUCUUUGGAGAAGAGCAACCCAGUAGUAGCAGUGUAAUUCAACUUGCCAGUACUUCAGCCUAUCGCCUUCAACCUUCUCAUCCUAAUCUUCAACAUCCUGAUCUUCCUGGCACUAGCUAUGAUUGAUCAUGCUUUAAUUAUGAGGAGCUGCAAUUGCUGGGCUGUGAAAUUCAUAGUGGAUAAUUCUACAUUUCCUUUGACAUAAUUUGGAGCAUAUAUACUUUAUUUAAAUAUUAUGCAUUUUAAGGAUCUACAUAUUAUAACUAAUUAAGAAUCUCUACUUAUGCAUAUAUACUGGAUUGUGGGCGUACCUCACAAUGAAGUUUUACUAAA